AUGGCUUCAGAAAUGGCCGGCAUCAAAGACGGAGGCGAUCCUGUCGCUGCUGGUCGUGGGGCCAAGAUCCGCGAGUCCAUGAAACAGUUGCUUCAAAGUAAAGCCGGGAAGGGCUCCGUGGCAUCAAGGAGGAAGCCUCCAGAUGCAUCGAAGGAUGCUGAGAAUGAUGCGGCUAAAAGCAACGAGGAGUUUUUCCGACAGCUCGAAGAGGAUUAUGGGCGCCUCUGCCGCGAUGAUGGAUGGGAUGAGGUCCUUCGGGCUGCACGUGAAGAGCCUAGUGCUCCGCCGCUCCGACCCGAGGACGCUAUUCCUGCCGGCUCUGACUACUUCAGGGUGAAGCUGCCACCAGGUCAAGACCGUGAGCUACGUCUUGACCCGGCACGUACUGGAAACGGCAAAGCUUUUGCAGAAAGUCGUCCAAGACGGAAUCUCGAUGCUCUUCGGCAAGUCGAGCAGGAGACUCGAGAGGCCAUGGCGCGGGAACAGCUACGCCUUGACAGUCUGCCCAAGUCUGAGCCCAUCCGCACGCGAUCGGACGUGCGCUCCUUGGUCUUGAUGGGAGGACCGAGCCUGACAGCUGUAACGGUCGGCAGCCGAAAUUGGCACCUUGGCACUCCAACACAACCUGUUGUGCCUCCUUGA